AUUAUGUAGUUCCUACUUGCAAAUUUCCGGAUCGAAUUGCGGAACGCCGGACACUACUUCGGACCGAGGUCCGGAAAUAUCCGCCCACUUGGCGCAUACACUUUUGAAUAUCGUGUGAAUUUCGCUAUAAGUAGAUGUGUGGACGGCAGCAAGCGCCCAGUUUGCAAGUGCAAUGACACCCAAUAGCCACGACACAGGGACCACGAGAGUGCUCUUCGCGGGCGACACCGCCAGCGGGGCAGCGAGUGCGAUCCGGGGCCCCGAUCCGAACCACAAGCUGAAGCUGGCCUGGCUCAACAUUACGCUGUUCACGAUUAUCCAUGCGUCCGCGGUGUACGGCCUGUGGCUGCUCCUCACCGCCGCCAAGUGGCAGACAUUUCUGCUCUUCCCGGUGGCCCUGGUGCUGACCAUUCUGGGGAUAUCCGGCGGCGCCCAUCGCCUGUGGGCACACCGCACGUUCAAGGCCAACACGCCGCUGCGGCUGAUCUUCAUGUUCCUGAACACGCUGGCCUUCCAGGAUGCCGUCUACUACUGGGCGCGCGACCAUCGGCUGCACCACAAGUACUCGGAGACGGACGCCGAUCCGUACAACUCGCAGCGCGGCUGGUUCUUCUCGCACAUCGGCUGGCUGUGCUGCAGGAAGCAUCCGGACGUGACGACCAAGGGCCGCGAGAUCGAUCUCUCGGACCUGCGCAACGACAAGCUGGUGAUGUUCCAGAAGAAGCACUACCUAAUACUCAUGCCCAUUGUCUGCUUCCUGCUGCCCACCGUCCUGCCGAUGUACUACUGGGGCGAGUCCCUCAACUGUGCGUGGCACUGCUUCACCCUGCUGCGGUGGUGCGCCAGCCUCAAUAUCGUCUGGCUGGUGAACAGCUCCGCGCACAUGUACGGCAAGCGGCCGUACGACAAGAACAUUGCGCCCACGAACGAGGCGUUCCUGAUUUGGUUCCGGGUGGGCGAGGGCUACCACAACUACCAUCACGUCUACCCCUGGGACUACAAGAGCGCCGAGCUGGGCAAGUAUUCGCGGGAUGCCACCACCUACUUCAUCGAUUUCUUUGCCCGCAUUGGCUGGGCCUACGACCUCAAGAGCGUCUCCACGGAGGUGCUCCGCCAAAGGAUCAAGCGCACGGGCGAUGGCACCCAUCCCGUCUGGGGCUGGGGCGACAAGGAGCAGCCGCAGGAGGAUAUUGACAGCACAACCAUCACGCACAGGCGCACUGCCAAUGCCGCCAGCUGA